ACUCUAACUCUCUCGCUCUCUCUCCCACGCUUCUACAGAGCACAGGCUCCCGGACAGAGGCACCAUGAGGUCAGCCUGUCUCUCCCUGCUCCUGGUCACAGCGUGCUGGUCACUGCCCUUCCGCCAGUCGGGCUUCCUGGACUUCAUGAUGGAGGAUGAGGCGGGCUCUGGGUUGCCUGAGGUGCCCAUCGAGCCCAGCGUGGACAUCCCCACCAUGCCCGAAGGACCCAAGUGCCCCUUCCGCUGCCAGUGCCACCUGCGCGUGGUGCAGUGCUCCGACUUAGGGCUGAAGAGUGUUCCAGAUGAGAUCCCUGCAGACAGCACCCUGCUGGACCUGCAGAACAACAAGAUCACUGAGAUCAAGGAGAAUGACUUCAAGACUCUGAAGGGGCUCCAAACCCUGAUCCUGGUGAACAACCAGAUCACCAUAAUCCACCCCAAGGCCUUCAUUCCCCUGGGCAAGCUGCAGCGCCUCUACCUCUCCAAGAACCACCUCAAGGAAAUGCCUGCCAACAUGCCCAAGAGCCUGCAGGAGCUUCGCAUCCACGAGAACAAGAUCACUAAGAUCAAGAAGGCCUCCUUCGAGGGCAUGGCCCAGGUCAUCGUCAUGGAGCUCGGCUCCAACCCCCUGAAGAGUGCAGGGGUUGAGGCUGGGGCGUUCGGGGCCCUGAAGAAGGUCUCGUACAUCCGCAUUGCAGACACCAACCUGACAGAGAUCCCCAAAGGUCUGCCCUCCUCCCUCUCCGAGCUCCACCUGGACAGCAACAAGAUCACCAAGGUGCAGGCAGACAGCCUGAAGGGCCUCAAGAACCUGGCUAAGCUGGGUCUAAGCUACAAUGAGAUCAGCCAGGUGGAGAACGGUUCUCUGGCCAUGGUUCCUCACCUCAGAGAGCUUCACCUGGACAACAAUGCCCUGACCACCGUGCCUGCAGGCCUGCCUGACCACAAGUACAUCCAGGUGAUCUACCUCCACAGCAACAAGAUAGGGGUGGUGGGCACCCAGGACUUCUGCCCACCAGGCUACAAUACCAAGAAGGCCAUGUACUCUGGCAUCAGCCUGUUCUCCAACCCCGUCCCUUACUGGGAGGUGCAGCCCAUCACCUUCCGCUGUGUGUUCGACCGCUCCGCCAUCCAGCUGGGCAACUACAGGAAGAAGUAGAGAAAAAGUAGUCCACCCCCAGAGAGAGAGAGAGAGA